AUAUUUUGCUGGGCUUCCUAUGAUUUAACUCAUCAGCAAAAAAAACAUGGACAAAAUAUCGGGCUCAUAAAAACACCCCAAGACUAAGCGUUAAUCUCGAGAUAAUCAGCCCACGAUUUAUGAUAAUAUCCGUAAUUUGCAUUAAACAAUCCAAAUGGCCAUGUUUAUUGAUGCACGAACUUAUUUGCAUAUGGACAAUGACUUAGGUAAACGUAAAGCCAUAUUUCAGUCCUGAGGGCUGAGUAUAUGAACAACUAUAACGCUAACUAACGAUGUUAUAACAACUCCGUGAGAAAUGUCUACCACACUUCAAUCUCGCUGAAUGGAUCUCUGAAAGCCCGGUUUGAAUUUGACAGUCCAUAUUGGCAUACGACGGAUGUGUACGAGCGAAUUGUUUCAUAUGGCCAAUCUGUCUAAGAAAAUUAAGGCGUCUUUAUUUGUCACCGUCUAGCCGGUCAGAAUUGAACACUGGCAAUCGCUGGAAUACGGUUUAGUGAUCUUUUGUAUUGAUGGUCAACACUGAAAUUGAAUAUAAAUAACAAGUCAACGACAACGGCCGGGACAAUUUUACCACUAAACACAUAUAAGUGCUUAUUAUAUUGUAUUUUAUAUCUCGGCUAAUAGCCCAACGAAUACUGAGAAUGAAGAAAGUCGGUACAAUCCAUGCGACAUCAAAGAAAAUCAAAUGGUACAAUAUCCACAUAUGGUUUCUAAGUACAUUCCUCAUAGCGCUAGCGUUAUCCUACGUCAAUGUAUCAAACUGGAUCUGUUGGAAAAACCAUCGUAGUAAAAUCAAGUGUUCUGUGUUUUGUACGUGUAUGUUCGUUGGUCUGGUAUUCUAUGUGAAACUCAACAUCGAUACCCACAACACACAUGAACUAGAUAGCGACCAAACUCCACAUUUUCCUUGUAAAAGAUCACCCAAACAAGCCGAAGAACUGCGAGAAUUGUUCCAUGAUGUCCACGAGAUAUUAAACAAAAUGAACGUGAGACAUUUUUUGAUUUAUGGCUCUAUUUGGGGAGCUUAUCGCGUGCAAGCCCCCCUUCCCUGGGACUAUGACAUUGAUUUAGCAAUCAUAGGAGACGAAACGUAUUCCAAAAUCCCCAAAUCUGAAUUCAUCAAGGCGUUUCGAGAACAGGGCAUCUCCGUCCACGAUUCGACAACGUUGUCUAGCUGUUAUUAUUUAACACGCGGGGAGUUUGCACAAGUUGACAUUGAUAUAUUUUAUAAUUUUCACGGUUGGAUGCAAAGAGCAGGUCUGGUAACGUGGUUCUUGUAUUAUAACUACCAGAAAUAUCAUAGUUUUCCAGCGUGGAUGGUCGAACACCCUCUGCCUGAGAUGAAAUUUAUUGAUAUUCAGAUGGCGGUGCCGCGUGGUGGGAUGGACAUAUUAAAACAUUUAUACCCCAACGAUUGGAACAAGCCUUUUACUCCCGCCGCUUGUAAAGUGAAAUCAAAAAAGGAUAAAACGAGAGCAUCAACAAACUCGAAGCUCCUGGCUACCUAUCGCUGAAGAAUGAAAAUAAAAGAAACGAUAAAAAAUAUUUAAAUUUCCGAAAUUAUUAUACUAUUCACAUGAUUCGUUCCUUUAUAUACACCCUAUGUACUUGAAUUUUCAAUUAAUCCAUAUCACUUUUCGUGCAAUCAUAUUAUUAAGUUUGUACAUAAUAUAAAGAAUGCCUUUUUCAAAAUGCAAAUACGACUUAUAUAAUUCAGUGUAAAUGCAGGAAAUAUAGAAAUAUAAUUGAUGUUGUUACAACACGAUUUAUGACCAGGCACAGUUCACCAUUCUGGACGAAUUUGGGCAAAGAAAAUAUAGUUCGUGGGAUAAUUUGUUUGUGGACUCGUGGCAAACAUUCACCAGCGGUUGACACGUCUGCAUAUAGUUCGUGGCUUGUUUGCCUUGCUCAUGUCAUCUUGAUUGAUGAUCCAUGAUCCGGUCAUAAUUAUAUGUGUUUAAUUAACGAUGAGAGUCAUGAAUGCCUGGAUCAUCGGCUUUAUAACUUGCUCUUUUUCUAGUACACUAAAAGUCUCAAGUCACACACGCGGAAGAAAUCAGGAUAUCUGGCCAGUAUAGCUUUCUAUAAAUUAAAACAGUAUAUAUUUUGACAGGUAAAAACUCAUUAUUUCGCAUUGAGAUAUUAACAUACACAAUAUGUCAAUAAAGAAAGUCAAGAAUAUAACGACCAUUUAAAACCCUUAAAUCCUUAAUCACAUUAUCACAGCGCUUAAUAGCCCAAAAGAAAGAACCUGAAAUAUUCACCCUUACUGAAACGAGCAGGUAAAAGCAUUUUAGUAUUUUCGCACAAGUAUAGUAAAAAUUACUGCCGGUGAAAAAUUUGUAAAAAACAGAAAAUGAUUCUAGUUUCUGAAUAAGCCAUUGGCAUUGAAGUGUGGUUCCGCUGCACCAAACUCAAGUAAACAUGGGGAAAUAUUUGCGGCUUGCAUGUUUUAUAGGCGGAAUUUAUGUCAUUAAACAGCGUGAGCUCAGUGUGAACUAUAGCCAUACAUACAAUGCUCGACGUUGUUUCAUUGUUGAAAUUUGUAAAGAGUUAAUGCACUACAACAGUUCACUUACUAUCAUUAAUGCCCCCACCUAUAAAUUCCUAAAUAUACGUUCAACAAUACGGUAACGUAGCCGGUUGUUUCUUUAGACUGAAAAAUAUGUUAAAAACUUGAAACAUAAAGAAGGCUUAGUGUUGUUUCAAUCAGGUAAAACUUCUGGGCGUUUCGAGUGGAAUGGGAAACACGUCGUCAGGAACUCGAUCAAGUGGUUGACUAACUGAUUCGAAAUAGAACAUCCUUCAGGAAAGAACGCAUUAUCAGUUUUGACCAACCGUAUGAAUGGGUUUCUGAUAAUCCCUGACUAUAGAAUGGGAAAAAUAAUGUACUAAUAAAUUGUUGAUACCACCUAUUGUGCCUGUUUUAAUAUAUUGCCGGG